CGACCACCUCAUGAAGAUCCUCACGGAGCGCGGCUACUCCUUCACCACCACGGCGGAGCGCGAAAUCGUCCGCGACAUGAAGGAGAAGCUCUCCUACAUCGCCCUCGACUACGACCAGGAGAUGGAGACCUCCAAGACCAGCUCCUCCGUGGAGAAGAGCUACGAGCUGCCCGACGGCCAGGUCAUCACCAUCGGCGCCGAGCGCUUCCGCUGCCCGGAGGUGCUCUUCCAGCCAUCCUUCAUCGGGAUGGAAGCCGCGGGGAUCCACGAGACCACCUACAACUCCAUCAUGAAGUGUGAUGUGGACAUCAGGAAGGACCUCUACGGCAACAUCGUCCUCAGUGGUGGCACCACCAUGUUCACCGGCAUCGCCGACAGGAUGAGCAAGGAGAUCACCGCCCUCGCGCCCAGCUCCAUGAAGAUCAAGGUCGUCGCCCCGCCCGAGAGGAAGUACAGUGUGUGGAUCGGAGGCUCCAUCCUCGCCUCCCUCAGCACCUUCCAGCAGAUGUGGAUCGCCAAGGCCGAGUACGACGAAUCCGGACCAUCCAUCGUCCACCGGAAAUGCUUCUAGAUACUCAUAUAUCCACCCCAUUCCAUCGUCAUUAUCUUACCUUCUUAUCAUCAUCAUCAUCAUCAUCACCAAACAAAACAAAAGUAAAGGCGCGCCGACGAUGCAUGGGAUCAUCACUACUACUGCUGCCGGGGCGCCCGUCCGAUCGCCAUCGAUGAUCCUUUUUUUUCCUUGUUUCCCUUUCUUUUUCUUUCUUGCCAAUCUUUCUACAUAAAUCAUGUUUUCUUUUCUCACUUCAAUUUUAUUUAAUUGGAGAAGAUGCUAUCUAUGCAUCC